AUGCAGGAUCUACAGAGCGACGGCUCCCCGGGUGCCAACAGGCUGUACCCGGGUUCACGGACAAGAGAGACGGCUCCCCACGCCCUCCCACCCGCCCACGAUGCCCCCGUCGCCGCCCAGGACCCCGCGCAUGUUGCUGCUAGACCCGGCAGGGCGGCAGAAAUGCUGCCCGACCGGGGUACCGAUGGCUUUGCGCUUGCAGUCUUUACUGCUCGUGCCUUAGGUGCCACCCGUGGCUCUGGAGACCCUGAGGACGACGGCAGCAGCGACCGCGAGGUCUCGGACGGCGACGACGACGCUACCACCGCCGCAGGUGAUUACGACCGGCUCAAACAGGUAGCUACGAAGCUGCCUGCCCGAGCUGGAUACACUGCAGUGGCCGCGGCCGCUCCCACGGGCAUGCACGCUACCAUCAGCCAGGCCGUGUCCACUGCAGCAAUUGUUUAUGAUGUUGUUGAUAUCUCACGUACCUGUGACGACCGGCUCGGCUGGCAGACACCCAUCCUGCCCGAUCGAGCCGGGUGCGACGCUCCGAUGCCUUGCGGCGACGAGUUGUCUGCUGGGCCCUGCCCCCAUACCGAUGACUGCACACCCGGCAGGGCUGGUACCAUGCUGCCUGCGGGUGCUGCACAGGCUCCUGCCUCGACUGCUGCCGUCCCUAUGGAGGUUGACCAGUGCGCGACGUGGCAGGCAGCCAGCCAUGUACCGGGCCCGCCGCCUCUCGUGCUCCGCCUCGGCGGCAAGCGUCGCCGCUUGAGCGAUGACGGCGACGACGACCCGCGCGAGCAAGCCGAGCAACUGCUGCUCGAGGACGUUGAGGCCGGCCCCAAGCACUCAGCGCUUUGGCCAUCCACGGCUAGCGCACUCCCGGCCUCCGUCCUGGCCGUGUAUGCCCACAACGCGCAGCGCUUUACGUGCACGCUGUGUACAUACACGGCCUCAAGCUUUGCUUCGCUCAAGCGACACAGGGACUCACGGCACCGACGCAUCUCCUUCCUCGACCGCUUCUCGGCAGGUUGUGCGUGCGGCACGCCUUUCGUAUCGAGGCUGGCAGCAGCAAACCACGCUCGCGCGUGUUCCAGCCUCCGCGACACUUCGGCUGCGACCGCAUCAGCAGCCGGGGACCUCAGCCCCACUGCUGGUGCAGUCAAUGCCACCGCUACGGUGGCCGACACCGAACCCGUGCUGCCCCGCCAAGACCCUCCGGUGCUCACUGUGUCCCCCCCACAGUCGAGCACCACUCAUGACAGGUCAACAGAGUCAAGAUGGAGCCCCCCACUCCCAAGGCAGCUGGUUGCUUCUCGCGUUGCGUCAUGCCUCUCCGAGGUUCCCGCCCCACGUUGGGUCCACCACUGCCUCGCAGCGUGGUGGUGUCAAGGAUUGCCGACCGUCUCCUCCCGCCAGAGUUAA